UUUACAAUAAAAUAAAUAAAAAAAAAUAAAAACUUCAAUCCUGUUUGUGUGACUAUCUGGCAUCGAAUAAAUAAAAUUGAACAAAAUUAAUCAUGAAUCCUUUAGUACUUGUGACAUCAAAGGGCGAGCAAAUACCGAACCAAAUAGUGAAAGAUAUUUUAGCUGCAAAUGGUAAUUCUGCAGACAAAACUUCAUCUGUGUCCUUUGGAUCAUGCACGUAUGUGACUUACUUUUGCGAUCUAAAAACGAAAUAUUAUGAAAACACGAUUGCAUUGUUGCCCUAUGAGGGAAAUAUUUGCGAAUUACCCAGUGAGAUGUUAAAAGCGACAGAAAUGCUGAUUGUCUACUUUGACGCCAAUAAUAAAUCAUUUAAGCAACAACUGCCAGAAUUGUGCGAUCUGGUAGCGAACAACGAUAUUAGUUUAGGGGUUUUGCUGACUAGCAAACUAUUUGAUGAUGUCAAUCAAGGACUGACUUAUGGCGGUAUUAAGGAGAGCUGCAAAUUUCAAUUUGAUGUAAUUGAACUUCAUAACGAUGAGGAGGAUAAUGGUGAACCAACAGGUUACAAGGAAGUUAUUGAAGUAUUAAAAAACAAUAUUUGGUCAAAUGUGAAAGUACCAGGUACUGACGAUGAUAUACCAGAUGGUGAUUUGGAAGAACAAUUGGAAGGUUUUGAAAACUUAUUAACGAGUAUACAAAAUUUUAAACGCAUUUCAAACGGCAUGGAGAGGGAUCAAAUGCUUGAUGAGGCAGAAAAGUUAGCCGAACUUUUCAUUAAAAUGAUGAAUGAAGAUUAAUAAUGUGAUACUUAUUUAGAAUUUAGUGUAAGUUUAGUAUACUCGUACAUAUAAGAACAAAUAUAUAUUAUUUAAAUGAAAAAAAAAUGUAUUAGGUUAAACAAUUGCUUUUGAAAUUUGUUUUCGUCUUAGCGCUGAGCUUUCUGUGUAUAAAGAAAUAUAGCUAUAAUACGUUUGCAAAGAAAA